AUGCAUUCUAGUUCUGGAAGAAAGUAUGAUUCUGGUGCCUUCAAGCGUAAGAAGAAACAGAAAUUAGAAGAAGAUGCUCAAAUUCAAAGGGGUGCUCUUGAUAAAUAUGUUGUGAUAGUACCCCAAACUAAUUCUGAAAAUCAUACUCCAAAUGGUAAUAUUGAUGAUGGUCAUGAUGAUAAUGCAGUAGAGGUUGAGGUUGUCACUGCAGAAAUUCAUGAAGUUGAUCAUGGUCAUGGUGAUAAUGCACAAGAGGAUGAGAUUGCCGCUACAGAAAUUGAUGAAGGUAAUGAUGUCAAUAUUUUAGAUGAUGAUCAUGAUCCUAAUAUUUCGGAUGACAUGAAUAAUUCCAUUCAGCUUGAUAUAUUUGAUCCUAGAAAUUGGGAUGGACUUGAUCCUAAAAGAUUAAUUAUGAAGAUGUAA